CCCAACUAGAAAUUGCCCCUCACCAUAUUUCUCCUCUCUUUCCUCAUUGCUUCCCCCCUCCCCCUCAUCGGCAAAACUCCACUUCUCUUUGUCCAAUUCGAGCAAUUUAUUCCCGCCCGAACCACUCACUCUCCGUACUUUCCACCACUUUCUUUUCAUCUUCCAUCAUCUCUCUUCUCUUCUUAUAUCUCGCUCCAUCUGCCUUCCCCUGGCUCUGUUUCAGCUACCAUCUUUAAUCAUAUACCCAUCAUCACAAUGGCCGACACCGUAGGAAAGACCAUCACCUGCAAGGCUGCCGUCGCCUGGGGCGCCGGAGAGCCUCUCUCCAUCGAGGACAUUGAGGUCGCACCUCCCAAGGCCCAUGAGGUCCGCAUCCAGAUCCACCACACCGGUGUCUGCCACACAGAUGCCUACACGCUCUCUGGAAAGGACCCCGAGGGUGCUUUCCCCGUCGUCCUCGGUCACGAGGGUGCCGGUAUCGUCGAGUCCGUCGGCGAGGGCGUCACCUCCGUGAAGCCCGGUGACUAUGUCAUCGCACUGUACACCCCCGAAUGCCGGGAGUGCAAGUUCUGCAAGUCCGGCAAGACCAACCUCUGCGGCAAGAUCCGCGCCACGCAGGGCAAGGGUGUCAUGCCCGACGGCACCUCCCGCUUCAAGGCGCGCGGCAAGGAUCUCCUGCACUUCAUGGGCACCUCAACCUUCUCGCAGUACACGGUGGUGGCCGACAUCUCGGUGGUGGCAGUGACCCCCAAGAUCCCCACGGAUCGGUCCUGUCUGCUGGGCUGCGGUAUUACCACGGGCUACGGUGCCGCCGUGGAGACGGCCAAGGUCGAGGAGGGUUCCAACAUCGCCGUCUUCGGUGCGGGCUGCGUGGGUCUGUCCGUCAUCCAGGGUGCGGUCAAGAACAAGGCCGGCAAGAUCAUUGUUGUCGAUGUCAACGACGGCAAGGAGGCGUGGGCCCGCAAGUUCGGCGCCACCGACUUCGUCAACCCCACCAAGCUCAGCGGCAAGACGAUCCAGGAGCAGCUGAUCGACAUGACCGACGGCGGUUGCGACUACACCUUCGACUGCACGGGCAACGUGGGCGUGAUGCGGGCGGCUCUGGAGGCGUGCCACAAGGGAUGGGGACAGAGCAUUGUCAUCGGUGUUGCUGCUGCUGGCCAGGAGAUUUCGACCCGCCCAUUCCAGCUGGUUACCGGCCGUGUGUGGAAGGGAUGUGCCUUUGGUGGUAUCAAAGGCCGCACGCAGCUGCCUGGCCUGGUUGACGACUAUUUGAACGGCCAGCUGAAGGUGGACGAGUUCAUUACGCACCGGGAGAAGUUGGCGGACAUCAACACUGCGUUUGAGCAGAUGAAGCAGGGUGAUUGUGUGCGUUGUGUGGUUGAUAUGUCUUAAACUUGUUUGAAAAUUGUGAGGAGUACAUGUGCAAUAUGACUGACUGAUACCACGAGCGCAAGAUAUGAACUGUUCGAUAGUGUAGUAUCUGUAAGGAGUCUCAG